AUUUAUUACAUUAUACAUUCAUUUUUUAAAUAAUAGCAAACAACAAAUUAUAAAAAAUGAGAGUUUUCUUAACAUUAGUUUUAGUAUUAGCCCUUAUUUCAUGUGCAUUUGGUCAAAAUCUUUUCCAAGUUAGUGGUGACAAAUGUGGUAGUAAUGCACCAGACAAUACAAUUAGACUUGACGAUUGUCACGGUAUGUGUGACUCACGUUUUAAAAUUGUAGCUAGAAAUAAUGCUACAUAUGGUGGUUUCAUUUUCACCGAAUAUGAUAAUAGUAACUGUAAUUCAGAUAGAGCUACUUAUUCAGUUGAAUUUGUUUGUCCAAAAACAUUAAACACUACUGCCAGAAAAUAUGCCAUUGCUGGUAAAUACAAUGUUUUCUGUUUCAUUGACCAAACCGCCUCAGUUCAACCAACUGAAACCCCACAAGGUAACUCUGCCACCACAGUUGCUCUUUCAGCUGGUGCCGUCCUUGCUUCAUUAGUUGCUGUAUUUGCUGCUUUAUAAAUAAACUUUUAAUUAUUUUAUAAUAAAAUAUUUAUU